AUGUAUGCUCAACUUUUAAAGCAAAUAUUAUUAUCAUUUGAACCAACAGAACAUAGUAAGCAGGAGAUGAUUGAUUUUUAUCGAGAGAAGUAUGCUGAUAAUAAAUAUCAAUUACUUGAAAUUGAUGAAUUUCAAGAGAAAUACAAUUCUAACGAAGCUAUUAAAUGGUAUACUCGUCAAUGCUUCUUGUACUCACUCCUAAACAAAGCACUUCGAACUCAAGACGUUGAUGCUCUUUAUAAAAUGCGGUUCUACAUUCGACAUUUACAUAACAAUAUUGAACAAGAACAUUUAAAAUGGUUAAAUGCCAACUCACAUGCAAAAACAUUGACUGUGUAUCGUGAAUCGAUAAACAAUAGUGAUGAUACUGGAAUUACGAUUAUUAACUUAGGCCUAACUGGCGACGAGGAUAGAGAAUUAAGUAUACUAGCUGUUCAUCUGAAAGUAGAAAUUAUCGGGUUAACACCAUUAAUGAGCUUGGCAAGACUUUUAUUUUCGAUGGGCAAUUAUGACAAAUCUGAGCAAUACUGUCUAUUGAUACUUCAAGGUCCUGCAAUCUCUGAAAAUACCAAAUUACUUUCUUCUGUAUAUUAUACUCUUGGAACAAUUUAUCAAGAGAAAAAUCAGAAAGAAAAAGCCAUUGAAUACUAUGAAAAAUCACCCGAACAUUUACUACCAACAGAUCCAUUAUUAUCUACAAUUAAUAAUGGUCUAGGAAGUGUCAGUUACACAGAAGGCGACUAUGAAAAAGCUAAAUUCUGUUUUGAACAAGCAUUCCAAAUAGAUUUUAAAAUACCGAUGUUAAACCGAUAUUCAAUAACAAAUUGA